AAUACUGUGUGCAUAUUAAGUGUGUCGGCUAAUGGCGCGCACAUGUAGUUUUUGCACAGGCAUUGCAUUUAUUGUUUGCUGUGAAGUAUUGCUUCAAACAUCACUACUAUUGCAGUGUUUGUCUCCAAAACAUUAAGAGUAGUGUUUGUUAUAGUUUUUAUAACAUUUGAUAUUUUGGCAACACUUGUAACUCCUGCUUAUAAUAACCAAAUAAUUUGCUAUUUGUAUCGCCAUAUCCUCUGCUAUCUUGGAUUUUAGCCAUUUGUUGCUUUAAUAACAGUAUAUACUGUAGUAUUAGGUCAGUAAGCGAUGGAAAACCAAGAAAACGUCAAGAAUUGCUCGUAUCAUAUGAACGGUACGAAUGGCACUAACCAUAUAUCGACCAACAAUUUGACUAACAAUUGGUCCAAAGCUGCGGUCGUUUUGGGCGCCCAAUGGGGUGAUGAGGGCAAAGGCAAAGUGGUCGACCUCUUGGCCAUGGAUUCAGAUGUUGUCUGCAGGUGUCAGGGCGGUAAUAACGCGGGCCAUACGGUAGUGGUGGACAACAUUGAAUUUGAUUUUCAUCUGUUGCCGAGUGGUAUCAUUAACAGCAAAUGCACGGGUGUUGUGGGCAAUGGUGUUGUUAUUCAUUUGUCACAAUUGUUUGAUGAAAUUCAUAAAAACGAAAUGAAAGGUUUGACUAAUUGGAAGGAAAGACUGUUGAUCUCAGACCGGGCACAUCUAGUGUUUGACUUUCAUCAGACCGUUGAUGGUCUACAAGAGCUGGCAAAAGGCAAGAAGAGCAUCGGUACCACUAAGAAGGGUAUCGGUCCUACUUAUGCUACAAAGGCCGGUCGCAUCGGUAUCAGAAUGGCUGACCUGAUGGGAGAUUUCUCUCAGUUUGAAGAGAAAUUCCGAUCUCUGUCUCAAUUUUUUCGGUCACAAUUCCCAUCCCUCAGUCAAGAGGUGUUUGAGACAGAACUCAAUAAAUAUAAGAAAGUUGCUGAAGAAAUAAGACCAUGCGUUACGGAUACGGUGUUAUAUUUGAACAGUCAGAUGAAGGCCGGUAAGAAUAUACUGAUUGAAGGCGCCAAUGCAACUAUGCUUGACAUUGAUUUUGGCACCUAUCCAUUUGUCACUUCAUCCAAUUGCACUGUUGGCGGGGUUUGCACCGGUCUGGGAAUCCCUCCCCGUUUUAUUGGAAACGUUUAUGGAGUGACAAAAGCUUACUGUACUCGUGUAGGUGAUGGUCCGUUUCCUACUGAACUAACAGAUCAAAUUGGAGACUAUUUGCAAACCACUGGCAAAGAGAUUGGCGUUACAACUAAACGCAAGCGACGGUGCGGUUGGUUAGAUAUGGUACUACUUCGCUAUUCACAUAUGAUUAAUGGCUAUUCAGCACUGGCGAUAACCAAAUUAGAUAUUUUGGAUGAAUUUAAGGAAAUCAAAAUAGCAGUCAGUUAUUCAUUGAAUGGCAAAGAGUACACACAUUCACCUCCCUCCAAUUCAACUGAUUUGGCGAAAGUUGAUGUCAAGUAUAUUACUCUUGAAGGCUGGCAAACAAGUAUUAGUAAAGUCCGUAAAUUUGGUGAUUUGCCUAACAAUGCACAACAAUAUGUGCGGACUGUUGAGAAAUUAGUUGAAGUGCCCGUUAAAUGGGUUGGUGUCGGUCCUAAACGAGAAGCCAUUAUCACAUUAUUUUGAUUGACAUGAAUAUUAAUUUGUUUUCACARAUUAGCUUUUGAUGAUUAGUGAUUAUGAAAUAUAUAAUUAAUAUUUUUGUUGUUGAUUUUUUUAUAAUUGAAAUAAUUUUAUCGAAAUUAAAUAUUUGAGAUAUAUAUUACUGUAAUUGAUUAGCCUUUUGUUUGUAUCUAAACUUCAAUUAUAUAUUUUGAUUGUUUUAUUUUUAUGUUAGCUAUUUUUGUUAAACACGGGUUAAUUUAAUUUUUAAACCUGUAAUUUCUAUUAUACAAAUUAUUAACUUUAAUAUUUUAAAAUCUCAU